CGACGGGAUAUGAAUGCAUCAGCACAUAAGUCACAUUCUGAAAGGUUUCUUCUUCAUUUUACUGGGGCGGAGAGCUGGAAAGUUCCUCCUGUAGAUACGGUUGUUAAUGCAGGUGGUCAACAAGUUUCUUUUAGAAUAUGCUCUCCAGGAAAUGUGUAAUGAGUGCUUCAAGAGGGUUCUGGGUGAAGCCCCUUGGACAUCUUGUGGUCCUCUCCUCUCUUUGUUGUUUUAUAUCUGGAUACUCUGAAAGAAACAGGACGGAGGACUUGAUGUCCAAAUAUCCCGUCAUUGACGGUCAUAACGACCUGGCUCUCCAGCUCAGGAUACUGCACAACAAUCGGCUGAGUCAAGUUGACCUUCACAACAUCAGCAAAGUGGCCACCGACAUCAACCGACUCCAAGCAGGCCAUGUGCAGGCACAGAUGUUUGCGGUCUACGUGCUGUGUGGGGCCCAGGAAAAGGAUGCCGUCAGGCUGACCCUGGAGCAAAUAGAUGUGGUCAUACGCAUGUGCACCGAGUACAAGGACUUUGAACUGGUCACAUCCGCCGAGGAGCUGAGGGAUUCUGAGAGGAGACACAAGAUUGCCUGUCUAAUAAGUGUUGAGGGGGGGCACUCCAUUGACAGCAGCCUGCCGACCCUGCGGAUGUUUUACCAGCUCGGGGUGCGCUCCAUGACGCUCACGCAUUCCUGCAACACACCCUGGGCAGAAUCAUCCUCAAAACUGUAUCAUGUCUAUCAAAGACAUAACAACAGCCUGACACACUUUGGGAAGGCCGUCGUGGAGGAGAUGAACAGACUGGGAAUGUUGGUGGACCUCUCCCACACUUCUUGGGACACUGCCUGGGCCGCGUUGAGGCAUUCAAGGGCACCAGUUAUUUUUAGCCAUUCAUCCUCCUUCUCCAUCUGCAACCAUGGCCGCAACGUACCUGACUUGCUGCUGCUUGAUCUGAAAAAGAAACAUGGGUUGAUCAUGGUGAAUUUCCACAGCAAUUUCAUAUCCUGCAGCGACGUAGCAAACAUCUCUCGCGUGGCCGAUCAUUUUGAUCACAUUAAGAAGGUGAUUGGCGCCGAGUCGAUAGGAAUCGGAGGGGAUUUUGAAGGUGCUGUGAGAUUUCCUCAGGGGUUAGAAGAUGUGUCCAAGUAUCCCGCCCUAAUCCAGGAAUUGCUGCAUAGGAACUGGACUGAGAAUGAGUUGGCGAAUGUCCUUCGAAACAACUUCCUGCGAGUUUUUGAAGAAGUGGAGCGGGUCCGGGAUCAUUUGAGUAUGAAACGCCCCAGUGAGGUCCAAAUCCCCCUAGAGGAGGUGCACAACCCAUGCAGGCUGGUCCUCAGACCCCCUAGGCCAAGAGGACCCUCUAUCCGGAGUGUGUCCUCCACAGCACAGCACAAAACAAAAGGUCCCCUCAUCCCCGUCAUGGCUCUUCUGAUUUCCAGCCUCGUUUUCAUUGCGUGAAUGUUUAGAAACUCUGUGCAGCUGCAUCUGACAUGCAUCAUUUCUACUAUAAAUAAGAUCUUAAUAAUAUUGCUGUAUCAAUUGUUGGGCCACCUCAGUUCUUCACAGGUCAGUAAAGAUGAGGAGAUACUCUUAUUCGUAGCAUCAAUCUAUGUGUAUUCCCAUUUGUAAGUAUACACGUAUACUUUCUAAUAGCUAUAUUUAAAUAAUAUUAAUAAUAAUCUGAAAUCUGCCUCUGUGUAUAUACAUUACAACCCAUUUACGUUUAAAGAACAACAAUGACAAGGCUCUUUGCUGUUUGUUUUCAAAUGUGUUUAUUACAGAUUUUAUGUGUUUGCUGACAUUAUUGCUAUGAAAACGUACGACAUGAAGGAUAAUACGAGUUAUAAAUAAAGCUGUUAAGAUGGCACAUUUAAGUUGCUUGAAGGUUUGUUAUAUGUUUACUGUUGACCCGUGGGUAGGAAUAGAACUAUGCCACGGUUGUUGUUCAUUGGAGAGAAUAAUAAGAUCAUGCAGGUUUAAAAAAAAAAAAAA